CGUUGAACCACCGGGAAGCACAUUCUUUGCGCCCACAUACCCACGCCGUACACCCUGUACGAGUACUCCACCACCCCCGCGACCAUGGCCGAGGACGAUGCACCGGCCAAUGAGCCGCUCGAUCUGGUGCGUCUGUGUCUGGACGAGAUUGUCGUCGUCAAGCUGCGCGGCGACCGCGAGCUGCAGGGCAGACUGCACGCAUACGACUCACACUGCAACCUUGUGCUCGGCGACGUGACGGAGACAAUAUACGCACAAGAAGAUGAGGAGGAGGAGGCUGCGCUGAAGCCAACCGUAAAGCAAAGCGAGAUGCUCUUCGUCCGCGGCGACUCCGUCGUGCUGAUCUCCCCCCGACAGGCAUAAGCCCUCUAACUCAAACUCCCAUUCCUGCAGCACCUGCAAGGAGGGCGGGGAGAGAUCUUUUUUUCCUUCGUCCACGAAGCAUGACGGCUGUGGGAGGGUGGGAAGGAAGGGAUGGCUUUUGAGUGGCGAAGGGCACAACGUAUGGGUGGAUCUGGCCGUUGAGCGAUGCAGAUCGGAAGUGUCGCGUCUGGUUUGAGAGUGUGACGAGCGCGUACAUACUGCUAGGUGACGAGCUUGCAUCCCGGAACAAGUACGACUGAACAGGCAGUACCCUCAUGAAACAGAACUGGGUCCUCUUUUGGUUCGGUGGUACGCGUGCAAAGGAUGUAGCUUGUGAUGGGAGAGAGAAAACGACAACAUGAGUAGCCAUCGACGAUCGACGUCCAAAAUAAGAAAUAAAAUCCUAGGCAGAUUGUAGUCGAAAGAUUUCCAAAUCACGUGUGGCAUGAAGAACGAGCAUGAAAAAAAAGUAAGAUGUUUUGGCGAGGGCGAGGUUCAGAACAAAAGCUACCAUUUUGGCCGUGAUUACAGACUUGCUCCCACAAUAGCACGGGCAGAUACAGACCGCAGUAUCGAGACACAGCAAGCCCGCCCCUUCAAUUACUCCAUCCG